CGGAAGAUGGUGGAAGCAGGCGGAGCGGGUGGUCCGUUACAUUACUGAAAUCCUGCCCGUUCAACACAGCUGCCCUGCCCCAAAACACAAAUGGGGUGAUGCAGGAAGCCUGUGGACGUGCCACGGUGUGUUGGGAGCCACAGUUCACCGUCAGACGUGCCACGGUGUGUUGGGAGCCACAGUUCACCGUCAGACGUGCCACGGUGUGUUGGGAGCCACAGUUCACCGUCAGACGUGCCACGGUGUGUUGGGAGCCACAGUUCAUCGUCAGACGUGCCACGGUGUGUUGGGAGCCACAGUUCACCGUCAGACGUGCCACGGUGUGUUGGGAGCCACAGUUCACCGUCAGACGUACCACGGCCUUGCAGCGCUGCCCAGGCUUGGGUGAUGAAGCCGUGUGUGUAGACGCCGUGCUGUUACAGCCAUGAGCCACCAAGAGGCACCGCUGGGCCAGGAGCUGAUCGAGACGGCCGAGGCCGACCUGGACAGGCGUGGCCCCGAUAGCCAGCAGCCACCUUACUACCGCAGACGCCAUGAUAACUCCGGCCGCUCCCGCAACCACCACAACGGGCACGCCAGCGACAACACGCAGCGCUACCGCAGGCACGAGGGCUCGGAAGGGGCCGGACGUCCACGCGCCUCCCGCCGGACUCCUGAGGCGGGCGACACAGAGCAGCAACCCAUACCGCGCCCGGCGGUGACGCGCUACCGGCGGCAGGGUGACACGGAGGCGCGGCUGAGGGCUCAACAGCAGAGGCAGAGGCAGAGGGAGCGGCAGCAGAGGGAGGCGGAGCAGCAGAGGGAGGAGCUGCCUCCACAGCUGCCACCCCGGGAGCCCGAGGAGCCCGAGGAGGACGAAGGCGACGGCAGCGUGCUGGCCCGCUCGGCCAGCACCGAGAGCGGCUUCCACAACCACACGGAUCGGGCGGAGGGCGACGCCGCCAUGGCUCUGGAGGCAGAGCCCGAGGACGAGGGCACGUACGGACUCCCGCUGAGGCCCGAGGCCGAGGAGUACACAGAGAGCGCGGAGUCGGAACAGCAGCCGGUCGACCACGCCCAGUACCCGCCCCAACCCCCGCCCCUCCCCCGCGACCCCCUGCCCAACACGGAGCGGCCAAGCAGGCGCGACACUGAGGCUCUCAACCCCGGCUACACCAACUACGUCUACGCCCGGCCCUUGUACCGCCGGCCGGGCCACGAGGGCCAGCUGCAGCCCGAGGACGAGCCCUACACCGAACCGUACUCCGACUACGCCAUUCAGGAGCACGUGUACGAGGAGAUCCCGGACGCCCACGGCGUGCCGGCCGAGGGUCAGACGCCGCAGCAGAGGCCUGCCGGCUUCCGCCUCUUCGAGCGCGACUCGUACCGGCAGCAGGAGGCCGUGGGCUCGCGGCUGCACCACUACGACGAACGCUCGGACGGCGAGUCGGACAGCCCCGAGAAGGAGGCGGAGUUCGCGCCGUACCCACGGGCCGACAGCUGUGAGCAGGAGGAGGACAUUGACCGGAUCGUGGCUGAGGUGAAGGAGAGCCUGAGCUCCCAGAGCCUGGAGCUGGACAGGGAGGACGGAGACGACGAGUGGCCCGAGGCAGAGCACCGCGACCGGGCCCCGGCCGACGAGAGCGAGCCCCGAGACCCGGCGAGCAAAGUGGGGAAGGUAGAGGAGCUCCCAGCGAAUAGCCCUUCCGAGGAGACCGCCUCCGCCAGGAGCAGCCAGCAGAAGAGGGACGCCAUCUCUCUGGCCAUCAAGGACAUCAAGGAGGCCAUCGAGGAGGUGAAGACCAGGACGGUGCGUUCUCCCUACACACCUGAUGAGCCCAAAGAGCCCAUCUGGGUGAUGAGGCAGGACCUGAGCCCCACUGUGGAGUCAUCCCUGCAGCCGUCACUAGGGGGCGAUUGCCCAGGUUCAGACACCACCUCUCCACAGGGGGCGGAGUCUUCCAGCAGUCACCCUUUGCUGGACGACAACCUCGAGCCAUCACCCGCCAACAAAGAGUCAAGGAGAAGCAUAGCCUCAUUCCCGACAUAUGUGGAAGUCCCAGGUCCUUGUGACCCAGAGGACCUCAUCGACGGCAUCAUCUUCGCCGCAAACUACCUGGGUUCCACGCAGCUGCUGUCGGACAAGACGCCCUCCAAGAACGUGCGCAUGAUGCAGGCCCAGGAGGCCGUGAGCAGAAUCAAGACGGCCCAGAAAUUAGCCAAAAACAGGAAGAAGGCCACGGAGGGCGAGGCUCAGCCCAUGACCGAGGUGGAUCUGUUCAUUUCCACACAGCGGAUCAAAGUGCUGAACGCGGACUCCCAGGAGACCAUGAUGGACCACCCUUUGAGGACCAUCUCCUACAUCGCCGACAUCGGGAACAUCGUGGUACUGAUGGCCCGGAGGCGGAUGCUUCGCUCCGACUCGCAGGAGAACCUGGAGGCCUCUGACCCAGCUCAGGAUGAGAAGCGGCAGUACAAGAUGAUCUGUCAUGUGUUCGAGUCUGAAGAUGCACAGCUCAUAGCACAGUCCAUUGGCCAGGCGUUCAGUGUGGCCUAUCAGGAGUUUCUGCGUGCCAACGGCAUCAACCCUGAAGACCUGAGCCAGAAAGAGUACAGUGACCUCCUCAACACGCAGGACAUGUACAACGACGACCUUGUCCACUUUUCCAAGUCCGAGAACUGCAAAGACGUUUUCAUAGAAAAGCAGAAGGGAGAGAUCCUCGGAGUGGUCAUUGUAGAAUCUGGCUGGGGCUCCAUCCUGCCCACAGUUAUCAUCGCUAACAUGAUGCAUGCUGGGCCGGCAGAAAAAUCCGGAAGACUGAACAUUGGAGACCAGAUCAUGUCUAUUAACGGCACCAGCCUGGUGGGGCUGCCUCUCUCCACCUGCCAGAGCAUCAUCAAGGGGCUGAAGAACCAGUCCAGGAUCAAGCUGAACAUCGUGCGCUGCCCACCAGUCACCACUGUCCUCAUCAGACGACCAGACCUCAGAUACCAGCUGGGCUUCAGCGUGCAGAAUGGCAUUAUUUGCAGCCUUAUGCGCGGGGGGAUCGCCGAACGGGGCGGAGUCCGUGUUGGCCACCGCAUCAUCGAGAUCAACAGCCAGAGCGUGGUGGCCACGCCCCACGAGAAGAUCGUACACAUCCUGUCCAGUGCAGUCGGGGAGAUUCAUAUGAAGACGAUGCCCGCUGCAAUGUACCGUUUGUUGACAGCCCAGGAGCAGCCAGUUUACAUCUAAACCAACGGCGCCACCCCUCGACCUCUGACCUGUCCUCGUCCGACCUCACACCUAAUCCCAAUCGGAACCUCACGUUGACUGGCGACCGAGUGAGCAAAUCGAGGUAGGCAAGUUCCAUGAAGGUUCCCCUUUUGUCUUUCUCCUCUUCAUUCCGUGGCCCUCCACGCCCGUGUCAGGUGGGAAACGGAGGAAGAGGCAGAGAGGAAGACGGACCGAGAUUCUUCCAGCUCUGAGCGCAAAACGCGUGGCCCCUUUUCCAGCCGUCCUCAUUUUCCCUCUCCCUCCCUGCGCGAGCGUGUGCGAGAGGUGCGCGUCCUCACCUCAUCCCUGGAAAAACACAGACAGAACUUGCCUUUUCACUUUUAACUUUCUCCCCCCUGCUUCUUACUUAUUUGACCGUGGCAGCCAUCAGACAUUCCAGCUCGAGUCUCAUCCACUCCCGUUUAAAAAGGGCAGCUGUCCGAGGAAGAGAGUGUGGAGAAGUGGACCAAAUGUUUUAUGGAAACUGUGUUCUCUGAGUGUGAAUUCCUGAGUAGAUGGCUAAUUAGAUUGAACAAGAUAGCUCUCAGCUCCUGAAGAAAUGUUGAAUUCCAUAUAGUAGAUAAUGUACAAUGUGGACUAUUAAUGCCUUAACCAAGUCAUAACGCCAUACUUUGAAAGAAAAAAUCAAAUCAAAGUUUUUCAGUGCAUGAUGCGCCAUGGAGAAACAUGAGAUGUUUGAUCUUCUGAUCUGACAUGAUGAAAAAUGCUAUUUAAGUCUGGCUGGUAUGGCAUAAUAACCAAAUUUUUAGAAAUUAGCUCGUCUGUUGGUUAAAAUCGUAUCAAAUUAUAGUUACUAGUGAUUUUUUUUUUUGUUUCGUGUGAUGCUUAGGAUGCAACCAUUUAUUAACUUUUAGUUCACAAAAUAGUUAUUUGUUGUUUCCCCAUCACAUGUAAUUUGAUAUUUUGUGACUGAAUACUGGAAUCAUGUUCUCUGUAUCCUGGUG